CAAUUUUUUUUUAAAGGACUGCAAAUUUUCCUCAAAUGGGGAAGCUUUCUUUAUAUCAGUUUCCUAAAAUACUUAAGCUGCUGUCAUUUUUCUGUUUUUUUGUUCAGUUUUCAGUUUGUGAGGUCAUUUUUGAAGAAAGAUUUGAUGAUGGAUGGCAAAGCCGUUGGGUUAGAUCGGAUUGGAAGAGGAGUCAAGGCAAAGCCGGAACCUUUAAACACACUGCCGGAAAGUGGUCUGGAGAUCCAGAUGAUAAAGGUAUUCAGACUACUAAUGACGCCAAACAUUUUGCAAUAUCCGCAAAGAUACCAGAAUUCAACAACAAGAACAGAACUUUGGUCCUUCAGUAUUCUGUAAGAUUUGAGCAGGACAUCGAAUGUGGUGGUGGUUACAUAAAGCUUCUCUCCGGAUUCGUAAAUCAAAAGAAAUUCGGUGGAGACACUCCAUACAGUGUAAUGUUUGGACCAGAUAUAUGCGGCACACAAAAAAAGCACCUGCAUGUUAUUCUCUCAUACCAAGGCCAAAAUUAUCCAAUCAAAAAGGAGUUGGAAUGUGAAACGGACAAAUUGACUCAUUUCUACACAUUUAUUCUAAGGCCUGAUGCAAGUUAUAGCAUCCUAAUUGAUGGUCGGGAAAGGGAUUCGGGAAGCAUGUACACAGAUUGGGAUAUUCUUCCUCCACGGAAACUUAGAGAUACCAAAGCGAAAAAGCCUGCAGACUGGGAUGACCGAGAAUAUAUCGAUGAUCCUAAUGCUGUCAAACCUGAGGGAUAUGAUAGAAUUCCAAAAGAAAUUUCUGAUCCAAAUGCUAAAGAGCCUGAUGAUUGGGAUGAUGAAGAGAGUGGCGUAUGGAGACCAGCUAGGAUACCAAAUCCAGCAUAUAAAGGACCAUGGAGGCCUAAGAGAAUCAAGAACCCUAAUUACAAGGGAAAAUGGAAGGUUCCUUAUAUUGACAACCCAGAGUUUGAAGACGACCCUGAUCUUUACGUGCUUAAGCCCAUAAAGUAUGUCGGACUUGAAAUUUGGCAGGUGAAGGCUGGUUCAGUUUUCGACAACAUUUUGAUAUGCGAUGAUCCAGAAUACGCGAAAGAAGUGGUUACGGAAGUUUUUGCCAAUAGGGAGAUAGAAAAAGAAGCAUUUGAGGAAGCAGAAAAAAUCCGAAAAGCUAGAGAGGAAGAGGAAGCUCAAAGAGCUAGAGAGGAAGGUGAAAGGAGAAGAAAGGAAAGAGGGUACGACCGACGCCACCGAGACAGAUAUCGAGAUAAAUACAGAAAGAACUACAUGGACGACUAUCAUGAUGAACUGUGAAGAAUUUUUUUUCCUCCCUCUCAACACGGAGUCGCUGCAGCUAAUGUAUUGGAAUUUGCUAUCCAGAGGAAACUUAAAUUGUUUUAUGUCAAGAUUAUGACAUAAAUUCCAGUUGUAAUUGCACUAGAAUAAAUGAAGUAUAUGAAUUUGGCCAGUAAAGUUAUUUUUGUA